UAAUGGCUGACCAAUCUUUCGUUAUGGAUAAAUUGCCAAUAUUGUGGGCUACUUUUACGUGUAAAUAUGAGUAAAGGUGAUAAAAUGAAAGGCGAAACAUUAACUACAAUUUCUCCUGCGCGUCCAAGACGCCGAUCGGGAAAACAAGUGCAAAUAGAUAAGGAUUGCUUACAAAUUGAUUCAAGUGAAGAUGAGGUAAAGGGACCCUCGAGAAAACGAAGACGCCAGGAAGAUAGCACAAAGGAAUCAGAAAAUAUUGCAAAGAAGCUUCGUUCAAGACCAAGAACACGGUCCUUUAGUUUGGAUGUCGAAUUUGAAAGUCCGCGUAAUUUGUUGAUAUCCAACAGCAAGUUACGAAACAGCGUCUCGUCUGCGGAAACAAAGCGUUCGAAAAAACAACAAAAGAGCUCCAAAACACUGAAAACAGGAGACGAACCUACGGCUGUGAGACGAAGCCAUCGAGAGAGUCGCAAGGUGUUUCAAAGUUUGAAUGAGCAUACUCUUGUUCGUAAAUUAGUCGGCGAUUAUUUAGCUCCAAGCUCGGAGCAAAGCUCUGGAAAUGAUAAAAAACGAGGAUCAGUGCUGGAGGAUGGUGAAACGGACUCACAGGGAGAGAAUCAAUCGGGUUAUGUCAGCAUGUAUGACAUGAUAAAGGGUAAAGCAAAAUCGGACAAAGAAGUUGAUGAUGAUGAUGAGGAAGAUGAAGAAGAGGAUGAAGAAGAAGAUGAAGAGGAAAAAGAUGAUGAAUCUGAGUCUGAUGAUGAAGAGAAUACACCACAGCGAAGAUACAAGUUGAGAGAAAAUAAGCCAGUCACAAAACGAUACACAGCACCUCCACCUAAAUCUUAUCAUGGCUCACGACGGGGACUAUUCUCAGGUUCUCAACAUCAUAUUCGGGAGAGAGCUUGCGCCGACAAACAGCCAUUCUCACCUGUUAGAAAAAAGUACAAAUUGAAAAGGAAGACGAUCAAUGAAAGUUCAACAUCGUCAGAUGAAGACGUUGAUGAUCGAAAGUUUGAGCGACGUAAAGCAAAAAGUAUGGCGAAGGCUCGUAACCGCUGCCUGCCAAUGAACCUUGAUGUUGGAGAUCUUAAUAAAGGUGUUCUGGCUGAUCGGGAGCGCAUUGGAUCAAGCUUAGCUGAUGUUGAUCCUAUGAAUAUUGACAGAUCCAUCACAUUUGAAAGUAUCGGCGGCCUCGGUAAACACGUGAGAUCGUUGAAAGAAAUGGUCGUGUUUCCUUUGUUGUAUCCUGAAGUCUUCGAGAAAUUCAAAGUGAACCCGCCGAGAGGAGUUUUAUUCCACGGACCACCAGGAACAGGCAAGACGCUAAUGGCUCGAGCUCUGGCUAACGAAUGCAGUCAAGAUAACAAGAAAGUGGCGUUCUUUAUGAGGAAAGGUGCAGAUUGUUUAAGUAAAUGGGUUGGGGAAUCUGAGCGACAACUCAGACUUCUUUUUGACCAGGCAUUCAAAAUGCGUCCAUCAAUAAUCUUCUUCGAUGAAAUCGAUGGUUUAGCCCCAGUUCGUUCAAGUCGUCAAGAUCAGAUCCAUAGUUCAAUUGUCUCAACGCUACUCGCCCUGAUGGAUGGGCUCGAUAACCGAGGGGAGAUUGUCGUCAUAGGUGCUACGAACCGUAUAGACUCCAUCGAUCCUGCUCUACGAAGACCUGGCCGUUUCGAUCGAGAAUUCAUUUUCCCACUGCCCGAUAAGCAGGCUCGACGUAAUAUCCUGACCAUCCACACGAAGGCAUGGCAACCAAGAUUGACUCAAAACUUCGUCAAUGAAGUCGCGGAUAAGUGCGUUGGUUACUGCGGGGCGGACAUUAAAGCUCUGUGCACCGAGGCUGCGUUAUUCGCUCUACGACGUCGCUAUCCGCAGAUCUACGCCUCAAAGAAGAAACUCGUGCUGGACGUUAGCAGCGUCCGCGUUAGCGGCAAGGAUUUUGCUAAAGCGAUCAAGACAAUGGUCCCAGCGUGUCAGCGCGCUGUCGUCUCACCAGGACGGGCGCUCUCGAGCUCAAUAAGACCCUUACUACAUGAAGUCUUAAAGACAUCGUGGAGCAUGCUUACCAGGAUAUUCUCACCAGCAGUUUGCAAAACAGUCGGAGAGUCAUCGCCGGGAAGUUCUUUGAACAACUUCGCCGUGAGUGACUCGGAGUCCUCCGACGAUGCCGGUGAUGAAGCGGACAUAUACGAGAUCGAUCCGAAUUCUUCCGAAGCUGCUCGAGAAGCGAGAGACGCACGUGCUGCGAGACGUGCCGGAAUCAAGACCUCCGGGGUUGCCAACCGCUUUCAUUAUUUCGAUGAGAAUCCCAUGACGUCAAAACUCGUCCAUCGCCCGCGAUUUCUGGUCUGCGGCCGGCGCGGCAUGGGGCAGUCAACACAUGUAAGCCCAGCUUUACUGCAUUCGAUGGAACAUAUUCCAGUUCAUUGUUUAGAUCUUCCGGCGCUCUUUGGAUGUGCAUCUAAAACGGCUGAAGAAGCCUGCGCACAGAUCUUUCGAGAGGCACGCCGUGUUGCGCCUUCUAUAAUAUACCUCCCUCAUAUCGACUCGUUGUGGGAUACAACUACGCAGACAUUAAAAGCAACAUUCCUCUCGCUUGUCAACGAUCUCCCCCCUGGUUUGCCACUUUUAUUAUUGGCCACAUGCGAUUUACCGUCCUGUGAAAUACCACAAGACUUGGCUGCGUUGUUUUCGCGCGGCUGUGAGCAGGUAUUCGAAGUUCUUUAUCCGACAGAGAAGGAGCGAAGAUCUUAUUUAGAACCUCUCUUUUUAACUGAAGCUUUUAAACUACCCUGCGUAGAAAAAGCGACGAAGACAAAGAAACCUCUUGAAGUUCUGCCAGUUGCUCCGGCACCCGAACCACGUGAACUAAGCGUGGCCGAACUCGAGAAAGUGCGUGAUCAGGAGGACAACACGUUGCGAGAAUUACGAAUCUUCCUGAGGGAAAUUACCGUGAAAUUGAUGAGCGACAGAAAGUUCAAAGAAUUUUAUAAACCAGUCGAUUUGGAAGAGGUCACAGAUUAUUUGGAGGUUAUUGAGAAUCCAAUGGACCUCACUACAAUGCUUCAGAAGGUGGACGGUCAUCAGUAUCAAACAUGUGCCGAGUAUUUGAACGACAUUGAUCUCAUAACAAGCAAUGCUCUGGAGUAUAACCCCAACGAGGAUAGCACAGAUCGCCUGAUACGUCAUCGAGCAUGCGCGUUGAAAGAUUGCGCUCAUUCGUUGAUCAAGUCUCAGUUGGAUUUGGAUUUUGAAAAGGCAUGUGAAGAUAUUGCAGCCUCGCGUAAAAGAAGAGGUGAUUCAAGGAAUAUCUGCGCUCCGAAGUUCUUCCCAGUUGCGCCGGCCAAGGUCAUCACUACUGUCGAGAAUCCUCCUAUCUCCGAAACCCAGCAGCCAGAGCCAACCACGAGAAUGAGCCGUCGUGUGCGAGGUCUUGAAGCAGAAGAGGCAAUUCCGUUAGAAAUCAUGCCCACGAGAUCAGCUUCGCACGUUCAGAAACCAGCGGUUAAAGAUACGAAGGGUAGCGAUGACGUUAAGAUCGUGAGCGAGAAGACUAGUCCAAAACGAAGAGGAAGGAAGCGACGUGGUCGUUUUAGAAGAGUCUCGACUCCGGCAGUGAAGGAAUUUACAUCAACGAAACAACAGGACAGCGAGGAAACGAAUGAUAGAAUUGAGGAUGAAAUAGGAGAAUCUGUAGUUACAAAUGGACACGAUGAUGUGGUAAUUGUGGAUGAAAAGGAAUGUGAAAGUAAAGAAUUUGACGUGGAAAGUGUAAAGACGUUGAGCACGAUCGAAGACGAGCUUGCAGACAAGUUGGCAGUGAACGAGGACAACCCAGACGUCUUAACGAAUCACUACAUCAACUCACUGCGCAUGCGAAACGAUGUAAAGACAGCUUUGAAAACGCAUCUCGACAGCCUGAACACUGAAAACAUUUCCGAUAGAGUCAAGCAACAGCCGACGAUCAAGGAUCGUCUGAGCGAGGCAGAACUUAGUAUUGCCACCAGUGAGAUUAGCAACUGCGAUUCCAAAGACGUCGCUGAGCUGGACAGCAUGCUGUCCACCAGCCCGUACCAUAAUGGUCUCCCUCAUAAUGACACGGAUUUCGAUAAUGACGUCACCCGUACCACUGAUAGUGACGUCACCCGAAAUAAUGACGUCGCUAGUCAAGAUGACGUUACCAAUAACGAUAAUAGCAACCAUAUUAGUAAUGAUGUCACUAACUGUAAUGAUGUCUCUAAAUGUCACGACAUCAUCACAAUAACUUCAAAUCGAAAUUCUCCCGUUUCUGACGAUGAUAAGGAAUUGAGCAGUGUCGAGAAGUCUAAGAGAGUUCUUUUUAGUGAGAUAGAGCCAGAUGCCUCAAUGGACACGUCAGAGCCUUCCGAAGAAGAUAAAGGAAGAUUUGAGCGUCUAUUGUUGGAGUACGUUUUGGCCACAAACAAGAUGACAAUUGAGAGCUUAGAACUGUGGCAUACACGAAUAAGACAAUGUAUAUUGAAACACAAGAAAGAUGGUUCUCGAUCACCAUUGUAUGAGGCUUUGCAUUCGUUGUUGGACCGCUUAAAGAUUUAACCAUGGUUGGAUUGUGGUUUUUUUAUUUCACAGAUAUACAAAAUGAUUUCGCUGUUCGUUUCAUUCGUGAUAAAUUCCAUUAUCAUCUCUCAAACAGUUCCUUCAAGACCUUCCGGGAUAAUAUUCAUAAUCUUGUAAUAUUCUUACCUUAGAAACACCGAUAAGAUAACAGCAUACGCUGUUUUAGAACAGUAUUAAAUGUAAUUAAAGUUUAGUAUUUUCAUCUCUGUAAAGAAUCACAUGUCUUUCUUAUUUUCUUAAAUCGGAACUCAGACAAAUGUCUUUGCAUAUUUAAAGCACUAUUUCAAUCAUCCAAUCGUCGAUUCCUGGUGAUUUUUAUUUCAAUAACUGCAAUCUUAUUUUGCCAUUAAAUGAUUUGGCAUUGUAAAUGAUAAAGUAUUUAAGACCAGUCUAUUGAUAACACGAGCUUUUUUGUCAAACUUGAUAAAUCUGUUGUAUUCAGUACGUUUAUUGCCCACUUGGGUAGUACUUGCUAACUAAUCUCAUUCAAUGUAAUUAAAUGUCACUGUGAUUCACACAGCACACAAAAAGUUAACGAAAAGUUGGCUCGAACACUCUCAGUUGGUAAAUUAAAAAUAUCUUUUUUCC